AUGUUGGCACUGUUGUUGUGUGUGUAUUUCAGUGGGCUGAUUGGGCGCUCCUGGGCCAUGGUGUUUAUGAGUGGUGGCUACAGAGUGAAGAUCUAUGACAACCAGCCUGGCCAUGCUGCCAGGGCCAUCCAGGAGGUCAGGUCAGUCCUGAAAAAUAAGGCGAAACAUUAACAAAAUGUCUCAUAACAACAUCAACUCAUACAUAACAACUCAUACAUGACCUAAAUACCCCUCAGUCCUUUUUGCACUCACACUGAAGACACAAGACCAAAACAUGAUCAGUGAAUCCUUUUAACUGUAUAAACCCUGUGUGGCCGCUGCUGACCCCGGCACACAUGUAUGACAGAGUCGGCAUGGAUUCAGAUCCGCUCCACUGCCCUUUGACUCCCCUCCCCCUCCCCCUAUCUUCCCCGUCUUUCCAACACUUUACUAUCUCUUCAAUAAAGCAAAAAAAAUGGGCACUACCCCACUCCUUAAUUAUUAUAAUAAAAAAAUAAAAAAAUGUAUAAAUCAAUCAACAACCAUAUAGUAGGACUGUGUUAAAAACAUGGUUGAACAUUACGACAUGACACAGGGCUUUAGAUGAAUAUGGUCCUUUUUUUGUUUUGUUUUUUAUUUAGCCUUUAUUUAUACAGGUUUUUCUCAUUGAGAUAAAAUCUAUUUUUCAAUAGAGACCUGGUCCAACAGCAGCAGGUCCUAUCUCCCCUAUGAUGUAUUUUUUUUUACAUUAUAUGUAAUAGGAUUUAACCACAGAUAGAACAAUGAGCCAGAUAUUUCACCAGAUAUAUAAAUGUGAAGCAUCCAGUUGCCAUUUCCACUAUCAAAUAUGGUGAUGAGAGGAAGCCCAGUGGCCAAAACUAGAAUCUAUAACAAACAGAGUGGACUUUGUUUUGUAGACUUUGCCUUUUGCCAAAGUUUCAAAAAAGUGUGUUGUUUAGAAGGAGUGCAAGGGCGAGUUAUUGCACAAGCGCACUUCACAGAAUAGGCAUUCCCUAACAGAAAUAUGCAAAUAAAUGCUAGAACACACCAAUAGGAUCUCACUAGCUCGUGCUUGGCUCUGCCCGCCUCCUUGCUUGUUCUGCCCACUAUGAUUAAUUUGCUCCUAUUGAAAACGACAGGCACUGGUCUAUCUUGGGUUAGUUAUAAAAAUCUGGUAUCCAUCAUACCACUGGCCUCAGCAUAGAGCUACCGGAAAGAUAUGUUUACGUAUAAAGUUUUCAUUUACUUCACUUUGAAAUGACAGUUUGAAAAACAGAUGUCUGUUUGGAUUAUUAAGUGAUUUGACCACUACUCAAAGCCUCGAAAGCAUAGGGAAUGGACCAUUGCAUUUAUUGUUGGCUCGAAAACCAACCUGGUAACAUUCAGUUCUCAUGGUUACAGUGAGUUCAGAUAUGUGCCCUGAGGUUUUGCUUCAGUUUGACGUUUCUCUGUUAUUGACUGUCAUUGUAUUUACAUAAAGGCUGUCAUGUAAAUGAUGCAAUCUAAUGAAACCACUAAUGUUCAGCCCAUUCACAAUGUGGUAAAGUUCUCAACCUGUCUGUUGUUAUUGUGUUUUGCCAGUCUCCCAUGGUUUUUGUAAUGGGAUCAAUCGGACAGGUACAGAUACGGUGUUACAGUGUAUUAAUUAUGUAGUCAGGUGGCACGCAAUGACUCUCCUUCAUAUUCCAGAGGUCACUGAGUUUCUGUAUAGUUAUGGGUCAUUGAAAAAUACCUUGGGUUGUGUGUGUGCCUGUGUGGGUGUGUUAACCCAUUUUCCUUGUGUGGUGGCCCAGGAAACAGCUUGAGGAGCUGCAGGAAGCCCACAUGCUGAGGGGGCAGCUGAGUGCCUCAGAGCAGCUAGCCCUACUGAGCAGCCACGAUGACCUCCCUCAGGCACUAGAGGGAGCCUUCUUCAUCCAGGUACAGUAGGCUGACUGGUAUGAGUAUCAUCUAUGAGGAAAAUGCCCUUUCAUGCUGGAAUAGCAAUAAAACUUCGCUAGGAUGCAUCUCAAUCAGAGUAUGUGAGCGGAGUUGAGUGGUCGGAAAUCCCGCUCCACAUCCUUUGCAAACGCUCCUUCAUAGAAAGAAAAAUGCUGCUCCAAAUUCGCUCCAUUCAUUAAAAUCACAAUUUAACCAACACCCAUCUAUUUUUGUGACUACCUGGACCUACCAUUUGCUUUGAAGUAUUGAAACCAAACCAUAUGAUUUGAAUGAAAAGUAUUUUAAUAAACAACAGGAAAAGGUGACUGUAAGAAGCGCUCAUCAUUUUAAAUAUGCUACACGUCGUAUUAAACAGCAUAUAAACACUUUAAAUAGGUCAGGAGCCAGACAGGUAGCCUAAGAAGGAAUUAAAAUGAAUUAUUUAUGCUAUAUUAUUGAAAUUAUUUCAAGGCUAUAGCCUACAAAGAAAUCAAUUGUAAAGCAUUUGCGAGUGCGACACACUAGGCUGGCAGGGACAUUAAGCGCUCAGCGUUUAAAUAACAUUUCGUUGUAUUAAAUAAUUAGUCUAUAAAUUACACAUAUAGGCUGCGACUUACUUAGAGUUAAAUACAAAUUAAACAAAAAAUGCCUUAUUAGGCUCCAUCUACAGUGCCUUUGAAUUCAUUUUUAGAAACAUGAGUUUGGCCAGAGUUUGUGGUUUCAGCCUCAUGCGAUGGUGCCUGGAGACCAGGCCAGCAGCGGAGAAUACCCACUCAGCACAUGCAGAGCCACUGGGGGUGCUAAACACCCUUCGGACCACUCUUGCCAGGCUUGGCAGGGAUGCGUAGUUGUUUUUAGAUUUUUCUGUAGGUAGGAUUUUAGGUAAAAUAACCCUAUCAAAACAGAAAGCUCCUUGAAAGAGGUAAUAUGCCAGGACUAUUGGGCCAAAAUCAAUGAUGGCCUUUUGUAUAGAUAAUAGAACGAAAAUUAACGAAACUUUUAAGAGAUCUGAUUUUUAAAUACUUUGCUACAAUGACACACUUAGCUAGCUACCCACCUCGUUCCUUUCUGUUGGAAUUUGCACGUAGUAAGAACACCAUCAUGGUAUAGUAAGUACACCAUCAUGGUAUAGUAAGUACACCAUCAUGGUAUAGUAAGUACACCAUCAUGGUAUAGUAAGUACACCAUCAUGGUAUAGUAAGUACACCAUCAUGGUAUAGUAAGUACACCAUCAUGGGAUAGUAAGUACACCAUCAUGGUAUAGUAAGUACACCAUCAUGGUAUAGUAAGUACACCAUCAUGGGAUAGUAAGUACACCAUCAUGGUAUAGUAAGUACACCAUCAUGGGAUAGUAAGUACACCAUCAUGGUAUAGUAAGUACACCAUCAUGGGAUAGUAAGUACACCAUCAUGGUAUAGUAAGUACACCAUCAUGGGAUAGUAAGUACACCAUCAUGGGAUACGUGUCUUUUCAGAUUCCGCAAUGAUUCCUUAGUUGUGGACACUACAUCACCGCACUCCCUCUCUUGCUCUUGGUCCUCCUCAUCUUUGUAAGUCACCUUGAUUUUUUACCUGUGUGUUUUAUCAGUUUCUUUAUGAAAAUAUUUAAUAUACUAAAUGACAGUAGCUAAAGCAAGUGGCUAUAGCAGCACACUAGUAGACUACAAAUGCAUGCUGAGCCGGGCAUGCCCUGAGCUCAUAAGGUGAGCGCUACUGGAGCGAAAUUGGAGAGGGUGAGAAGGCCGAUGCUCCAGCCUUUGGGAAAGUCGCUCCACGCUCCAGUAAAAUUGGGUACACUCCGCUCCAGCUCCACUCCAGCUCCACUGGUCACUGGGUCACAGGGGAGAUCGAUACAUGGUAUUUCACAUAGGCUUAAUCAUUACAGUGUAUCGAUUCAAACUUUCAGGAACAUACCAUUGUGUCACAUUGUGGAGGAGAACAAUAGAGGGUGUUUUAGAGAGUUACAGGGAAAUUCUGCUGGGAAAUAUUCAGAGUAUUUCCUGUCACCAUCUGAGACCACAAUUUCCUGGUUCAGAUACGUUUCCUCACUGACAGCAGUUCACUCCUCCUUUGAUUCUAACCUCAUUUUGGAUUAAUAGGCUUUAUAAUCGUUUUCCCACUUAAGACUUAUAAUAUGAGGGAAAUAUUUUAGGCAAAGUGUGUCCCGCCUCAGUGGGUAAUAGUUAUUAUUUUUGUAUCUCUCUUUAUGUGAGGGACAUACCAUUUUAUUUGUGAAUGUGUCAGGUAAGCCACUGACCCAGCCAGUUACUGCUGCUAGUUUAAUCUGGUAACAUGCGACUUUGUCAUGGAGUUAUUAUUUUACUGUUAAAGACAUAGUAACCAUUGCAAGGGUGACUGACCAUGGUGAGAGCCAUCAGGGCUUAGAGAGAAACACCUGGAGGUGUUAAGCUGCCCUGCGGCCAUUUUGUAGUAUAUCCAAGCUGGUUAGUUUAGUUAGAAGGUGAAAUAGCAUUGUGAGGUAGAGAGCAUCAUGGCUUUCAAGACAUUUGUCUGUGCAUAUGGUUGUGAUGAGCAAUGCAUAACAGGACUAAGCACAAGCAGUGUUCUGUAUUCAUGUAUAAGAAGCGAUAACCACAUCGAAUCAUAUCAUGUUUUUCUCAAUGUGGUUUCUGUGGUUUGUAUUUGUAUUGAAACACGAAUGACAGCAGUAUACAUAACCCUCUUGUGACUGGGGAUCAUGAGGAGUGCUGGGAGACAUAUUUAGUAAACCACCAUUCCUGAGUCAUUGGAGAUGUGACAUUUCCCCUUAUUGUUAGAAUUUUUUUCAGUAAAAACAUGAUCAUGCCCCAAUAUUCCUUUUCAAUCUUAAAGUAACUGCCCAGUGAAAAUCUCACUUUUAAAAGUUAAUAUUCUGUCAACCUACAGUACGCCGUGAAGGACUGAAAUCCUGCAGCGCCCGCAAGGUCCCCCUGUUCAAGAAAGCACAUAUACAGGGCAUUGAAAAUGGGUCGUGGAUGGGUAUUCCAGCAUGACAAUGACCCAAAACACACGGCCAAGCAACAAAGGAGUGGCUCAAGAAGAAGCACAUUAAGGUCCUGGAGUGGCCUAGCCAGUCUCCAGACCUUAAUCCCAUAGAAAAUCUGUGGAGGGAGCUGAAGGUUCGAGUUGCCAAACGUCAGCCUCGAAACCUUAAUGACUUGGAGAAGAUCUGCAAAGAGGAGUGGAACAAAAUCCCUCCUGAGAUGUGUGCAAACCUGGUGGCCAACUACAAGAAACGUCUGACCUCUGUGAUUGCCAACAAGGGUUUUGCCACCAAGUACUAAGUCAUGUUUUUCAAUCUUAAAGUUUUGCAGAGGGGUCAAAUACUUAUUUCCCUCAUUAAAAUGCAAAUACAUUUAUAACAUUUUUUUGGAUUUUUUUGUUGUUGUUAUUCUGUCUCUCACUGUUCAAAUAAACCUACCAUUAAAAUUAUAGACUGAUCAUUUCUUUGUCAGUGGGCAAACGUACAAAAUCAGCAGGGGAUCAAAUACUUUUUUCCCUCACUGUACAGGUAGCUGGAAAAGCUGUUUCUUUGUGUGUGAAAUAGAACAAUUUACGUUUCCCAGCAAAAAAACAAAUAGUUUGAAAGUACACCAUGUUUGUUCUCAUCAGUCUUUACAUUGUAUUUCUGUAUGUCCUAAUAUUUGUUUAUAAUGUUGCACUGAAGGUCCCUGUUGCCACUGCAAUAGGAAAAUGUGUUAACUUUACUGUCACAUUGUCUCUGCUAAACAACGUGUGUGUGUGUGUGUGUGUGUGUGUGUGUGUGUGUGUGUGUGUGUGUGUGUGUACAGGAGAGUGUGUUUGAGGAGAUUGAGGCCAAGCAGAGUGUCUUCCAGGUGGUGGAGAGUCACGUGGGAGAGGGCGUGAUCCUCAGUAGCUCCACCUCCUGCCUGUUGCCUAGCAACGUCUUCUCCCGGCUCCAGAACCGGAAGCGCUGCAUCAUAUCUCACCCGGUCAGUACAGCGCUAACCCAAACACCAAGGCUGUGUCCAAUAUGGCGCCGUAAUCCCAUUCCUUUUGGCCAGAGCCCUGCACAGCAUAGGGAACAGGAUGCUAUUUCAGAUUUGCACAAACUCUCUCUCCCUGUCCGAGGCCAGUACUUUUGGUGUUUGCACAAGGGAAUGACCCAUCCAUUCCAACAGUAAAAUGUGUAACCUUCAGGUUCUAAUCCCUAGGUUGCAACACUACAUUUUAUUGCAGUCCAGUCCUUGUCCAGUCUUAAAUACAGUGGGGGAAAAAAGUAUUUAGUCAGCCACCAAUUGUGCAAGUUCUCCCACUUAAAAAGAUGAGAGAGGCCUGUAAUUUUCAUCAUAGGUACACGUCAACUAUGACAGACAAAAUGAGAAAAAAAAUCCAGAAAAUCACAGUGUAGGAUUUUUUAUGAAUCUAUUUGCAAAUUAUGGUGGAAAAUAAGUAUUUGGUCAAUAACAAAAGUUUCUCAAUACUUUGUUAUAUACCCUUUGUUGGCAAUGACACAGGUCAAACGUUUUCUGUAAGUCUUCACAAGGUUUUCACACACUGUUGCUGGUAUUUUGGCCCAUUCCUCCAUGCAGAUCUCCUCUAGAGCAGUGAUGUUUUGGGGCUGUCGCUGGGCAACACGGACUUUCAACUCCCUCCAAAGAUUUUCUAUGGGGUUGAGACCUGGAGACUGGCUAGGCCACUCCAGGACCUUGAAAUGCUUCUUACGAAGCCACUCCUUCGUUGCCCGGGUGGUGUGUUUGGGAUCAUUGUCAUGCUGAAAGACCCAGCCACGUUUCAUCUUCAAUGCCCUUGCUGAUGGAAGGAGGUUUUCACUCAAAAUCUCACUAUACAUGGCCCCAUUCAUUCUUUCCUUUACACGGAUCAGUCGUCCUGGUCCCUUUGCAGAAAAACAGCCCCAAAGCAUGAUGUUUCCACCCCCAUGCUUCACAGUAGGUAUGGUGUUCUUUGGAUGCAACUCAGCAUUCUUUGUCCUCCAAACACGACGAGUUGAGUUUUUACCAAAAAGUUAUAUUUUGGUUUCAUCUGACCAUAUGACAUUCUCCCAAUCCUCUUCUGGAUCAUCCAAAUGCACUCUAGCAAACUUCAGACGGACCUGGACAUGUACUGGCUUAAGCAGGGGGACACGUCUGGCACUGCAGGAUUUGAGUCCCUGGCGGCGUAGUGUGUUACUGAUGGUAGGCUUUGUUACUUUGGUCCCAGCUCUCUGCAGGUCAUUCACUAGGUCCCCCCGUGUGGUUCUGGGAUUUUUGCUCACCGUUCUUGUGAUCAUUUUGACCCCACGGGGUGAGAUCUUGCGUGAAGCCCCAGAUCGAGGGAGAUUAUCAGUGGUCUUGUAUGUCUUCCAUUUCCUAAUAAUUGCUCCCACAGUUGAUUUCUUCAAACCAAGCUGCUUACCUAUUGCAGAUUCAGUCUUCCCAGCCUGGUGCAGGUCUACAAUUUUGUUUCUGGUGUCCUUUGACAGCUCUUUGGUCUUGGCCAUAGUGGAGUUUGGAGUGUGACUGUUUGAGGUUGUGGACAGGUGUCUUUUAUACUGAUAACAAGUUCAAACAGGUGCCAUUAAUACAGGUAACGAGUGGAGGACAAAGGAGCCUCUUAAAGAAGAAGUUACAGGUCUGUGAGAGCCAGAAAUCUUGCUUGUUUGUAGGUGACCAAAUACUUAUUUUCCACCAUAAUUUGCAAAUAAAUUCAUUAAAAAUCCUACAAUGUGAUUUUCUGGAUUUUCUUUUCUCAAUUUGUCUGUCAUAGUUGACGUGUACCUAUGAUGAAAAUUAUAGGCCUCUCUCAUCUUUUUAAGUGGGAGAACUUGCACAAUUGGUGGCUGACUAAAUACUUUUUUUCCCCACUGUAAGUAUUAGAGAACCUUCUGGACUUUACCCCCUCUUCCCUCAGUCGCCUAACAACUAGCUAACCACUGAAAUUCCACCCUUAUCAUCGCCUUGAGGCUGAAACACACACACAUACACACACAGUCCUUUGUGGCCAGAGAGACGAGUUCACCUUUACCUGGGAAGGUUUGUGUGCAUGUGCGCAUAUGUGUGUGGUGAAUGUUUAAUCCCCCCAUGGUUUUACCUCAGUGCCACUCCUUUCAGAGAGGCCUUCACAGAGGGAAAUGUGUGAGGUAAGCCCUGCUUAUGGCUCACAGAGUAAUGUGGUCCAACAGAGAAGAACACACCCUGGGUGUAUAUAUAGGGCUGUGGAGGUCAUUACAUUUUGUCAACCCGUGAUUGUCAUGCAGGUAACUGCCGGUCUCACGGUAAUUGACCGUAAUUAAUAUAAACAUGUUUAGGAUCUCCAGCUUCCACACAUAGUCUACAAGCCACUGAUGCGGACCUUUGGAACAUCUAUAUUUUAAAAAGUAUAAUAAAUCAAUUUAAUAUAGCCAACACCAUCACAAUAAAUCCAUUAUUUAUUUCAGGCCUUAUGUUAGGCCCUGAUCUGGCUAUGCCUUAUGUCUGUGGGCAAUACUAGUUCAUUUAGCAGGCAAGAUUUGCUUAUGAUUCCCGUGGUAUUCUUUUAUAGAAAGAACAAUACAAUUGAGCAUAGCUGAAUAAAAUCGAAAAUAUAUUUUUCCCAAAACAAUUUCCGAGGGACUUUGUACAUGGAGCUAUUCUGUGUUGAGGUCCUCCUAUAGUGAGGGAAAAAAGUAUUUGAUCCCCUGGUGAUUUUGUACGUUUGCCCAGUGACAAAGAAAUGAUCAGUCUAUCAUUUUAAUGGUAGGUUUAUUUGAACAGUGAGAGACAGAAUAACAACAACAAAAAACAGAAAAACACAUGUCAAAAAUGUUAUAAAUUGAUUAGCAUUUUAAUGAGGGAAAUAAGUAUUUGACCCCCUCUCAAUCAGAAAGAUUUCUGGCUCCCAGGUGUCUUUUAUACAGGUAACGAGCUGAGAUUAGGAGCACACUCUUAAAGGGAGUGCUCCUAAUCUCAGCUUGUUAUCUGUAUAAAAGACACCUGUCCACAGAAGCAAUCAAUCAAUCAGAUUCCAAACUCUCCACCAUGGCCAAGACCAAAGAGCUCUCCAAGGAUGUCAGGGAUAAGAUUGUAGACCUACACAAGGUUGGAAUGGGCUACAAGACAAUCGCCAAGCAGCUUGGUGAGAAGGUGACAACAGUUGGUGUGAUUAUUCGCAAAUGGAAGAAACACAAAAGAACUGUCAAUCUCCCUCGGCCUGGGGCUCCAUGCAAGAUCUCACUUCGUGGAGUUGCAAUGAUCAUGAGAACGGUGAGGAAUCAGCCCAGAACUACACGGGAGGAUCUUGUCAAAGAUCUCAAGGCAGCUGGGACCAUAGUCACCAAGAAAACAAUUGGUAACACACUACGCCAUGAAGGACUGAAAUCCUGCAGCGUCUGCAAGGUCCCCCUGUUCAAGAAAGCACAUAUACAGGGCCGUCUGAAGUUAGCCAAUGAACAGCUGAAUGAUUCAGAGGAGAACUGGGUGAAAGUGUUGUGGUCAGAUGAGACCAACAUUUUGCUCUUUGGCAUCAACUCAACUCGCCAUGUUUGGAGGAGGAGGAAUGCUCCCUAUGACCCCAAGAACACCAUCCCCACCAUCAAACAUGGAGGUGGAAACAUUAUGCUUUGGGGGUGUUUUUCUGCUAAGGGGACAAGACAACUUCACCGCAUCAAAGGGACGAUGGACGGGGCCAUGUACCGUCAAAUCUUGUGUGAGAACCUCCUUCCCUCAGCCAGGACAUUGAAAAUGGGUCGUGGAUGGGUAUUCCAGCAUGACAAUGAAGAAGAAGCACAUUAAGGUCCUGGAGUGGCCUAGCCAGUCUCCAGACCUUAAUCCCAUACAAAAUCUGUGGAGGGAGCUGAAGGUUCGAGUUGCCAAACGUCAGCCUCGAAACCUUAAUGACUUGGAGAAGAUCUGCAAAGAGGAGUGGAACAAAAUCCCUCCUGAGAUGUGUGCAAACCUGGUGGCCAACUACAAGAAACGUCUGACCUCUGUGAUUGCCAACAAGGGUUAUGCCACCAAGUACUAAGUCAUGUUUUGCAGAGGGGUCAAAUACUUAUUUCCCUCAUUAAAAUGCAAAUAAAUUUAUAACAUUUUUGACAUGCGUUUUUCUGGAUUUUUUGUUGUUAUUCUGUCUCUCACUGUUCAAAUAAACCUACCAUUAAAAUUAUAGACUGAUCAUGUCUUUGUCAGUGGGCAAACGUACAAAAUCAGCAGGGGAUCAAAUACUUUUUUCCCUCACUGUAUAUGCUUAAUUUAGAGUUAUUGUGCAACUUUAGUUGUGAUACAAACGUUAAGCUAUAUAUUUUGAUUUCUAAUACAUUCUAAGGCUGCAUGAUGCGACAAAUGAUUAUUUGAAAAAAGUUACAUGAAAGGGAAACGCUCUGCUCUGUUUCUUUCGCAUGCUGCACACACUUCAUCAGUCUCUCAUUCACAAUUUGAUAAGCACUUGAUCAUAUUCUCACGCAGUUUCUUCAAUUUAAUCUGGUCUUUACAUAUAGCCUACUAAUAUAUGUGUGGAAUUAUUUUUGAUUUAGAAUGGCCCACAAAAAAAAGAAAGUAAUCCAUAGGUUACAUGCAGUUAGGUAGGCUACAACGUUUGUAAAGCGGAUUAAUGUGCUUAGUUUUUACGAAUUGAGUAAUAAAUAUAGCAGCACGAGAAAGCUGGGAUCUGCUUUUAAAAAGUGUCCUGUCUAAACUCUGUUUUCACAGGCGAUUACGCAAUGACUGGGCUUAUAAGAACACGUUUCAGUAGGCUCUGUAGGCUAUGGGCUCUCCAUCCAUGUUCCAGAGGUCUUGGGCUUAUAGGCUACAUUUUGAGUUAUUUGGCCUCUUUAAUUGUGAUACAAACCUUUGCAAAAUAUAUAGGCCUAUGGACUAGGCUACAUGAUACAUGCGACUGUGAUUUGAAAAAGUCACAAAAAAAUACAUGCGCUGUGCAUCAUUCACAACUGAAAAUAUUCUCACCAUUCAGACUAUUCUCAAUUUAAUCUUGUCUUUACAUAUACUCAACAAUAUGUAUCAUCCGCCUGUCGGAACAGGAGCAGGGUAAAAAAAUACAUGUCAUCUGUAUGCACUCGAAUAGCAAAUAUAAGACGCUUUUCCUGCGGUUCAGCCAGGCAGGCUACUCCAGUUGUAAAGCAAAGCAAUGUGCUUAAUAUAUGGAAAGUUGAGAAAUAAAUAUAGUAGGCCUAGCUGAUAGAAAGCUGAUGGGAUCCUCCUCUUUUUAAUAGAGGCCAUCAAAACGCUGUUUUCUCACGCAAUUGCAUAGUGUAUAGAAAUUGUAUUUAAUGCAUCAACGAGCUAUAAGGAGCUGGCUCUCGCUGCUCAACAGGUGAUCCUAUUCCGCUCAAACUCUGAAUGCCAGGGCUCUUAUAAAGUGUUUGAUUUGAUUUUCGAUUGCAUUUGCAUUGAUGUCAGAGUGAUUAGAGGGACAAUAGAGCGCUGAGUACCGGCCAUUAGCAACUGUCCGUUAGCAAGUUUCAGAGGCAUCAGAGCGCAGUUUUGGAGAAGCCUAGUUACCGUGACUCAACGGUCACAUGGAAUUUGACUGAGGUCAUGACCGGUGUGGCGGUAAUGCGGUCACCGCAACAGCCCUAGGUGUGUAGCAUAGCAUCGCAAUAGUCUCAAUUAGCUUCCUUCCCGCUGUCUCCUCUCCCAAAUCUGUACUGAUGUGAGAGAGCUGGACUAGUGAAACUCCUGGUACACGACCACCAUAUUGUUUUCACCCACCCUGUUUUUCUAAAUCCUAACAUAAAGAAGUGAGGCACUAGGGAAUGUUCCCUCUAAACUGCGCACGGGCACGCAGCUCCCCGGGAUUCCGCGCAGAAGAAAUAUCAUCCUGCGCAGAUAAGCAGGAGAUUGAAUUUAACUCAACUUUCUAGAGUUUUCCCCCUUAGUUACCCCUAUCAAUGUUUCUCUUUACUGUGGGAAUUAUGAUCGAAUCAACACAAUAUUAGCCACUUUCAAUGCAACAUACCGAAACAAAACUAACUAUGCAAGACUUAGGUAGUAUGCAAAACUAACUAUGCAAGAGAUUCUGUUGUAGGCAGAACGCUUCGGAGUAGGAUUCUAUUGCAUUGACACGCAUGACUCAGCCCGUACUCUACACAGACCGGUGCGGCAUAACCAAUCAGAGCUGCAGUAGGCCUAUAUGCAACUAGACCAUUGCCAUAUAUGGAUCUGUGCCAUUCACUUUGAACUGGACUGUGUUUACAGCAUGAGCAGUCGUGAGUAGAUGUGCUUGUUUUGAGAUCAAAGCGAGAGCUGCAUGUAGCGACGUGUGCACAUUUGUUCAUAUCCUAUGCUAGUUAGUGAGUUAUUAGCCCAGUUAUAGAUAAUAUGUAGUCAGUAAUGGGGGAGAUUUAUUCCUACAAGAGCACAAAACGUGUACAUUUCUAGACAUCUUUGAAAAGCGAGUUGGAUAAGAGCUUAUUUUUUUGUCUUAAAGGGGCAGUGUUAUAUUUUGAGACGGUCUUGAAUAAGCUAAGUAGCCAAUAGGCAGAGGGUAGCAUAAUUUGGCUGAUUCCUGUGAUAAUGGUAUGGGAAUAAUAAUGCAUUUUAUUUUGUAUAGAGUUUUCUUGCAUCAAACACCACAACAACAUUUUCAGUCACCUCCUUGUCUGAAGGACAAGUGGAUAAACAGGUUAACGUCAAGCCCUACAUGUUUUUUUCAUAUAGGCCUACAUUGAACACCACAUAUUGGCUGCUACUGUAGGCUGAAUGAUAGAACAGCUAUUUCUAUGUUAAAAUGUUAUGGGAUGCUUUUUCUCCAUUGUUUUUGAUGGUAGGCCACUCUGGUAGACCUACGUUAUGAUCAAAUAACCACAGUAGCCUACUUGACCACUGUCUCAAACUGUAACUUAAAGCGGGUAGAGCCUGUGUUCAGAGUAAAACAUUUGAGGGAACAUUGGCACUAGGGAAUGAAGAGAUGGUCUAUUGAUAUGGAGACGGUCUCUCUGUUGUUGUUUGAGCUGACAAGUUUUGAUCCCUAAAGGUGAACCCGCCCUACUACGUGCGUCUGGUGGAGCUGGUGCCACACCCAGAGACAUUGCCGGGGGUGAUGGACACCACCUAUGCUCUGAUGACCGCCGUGGGCCAGGCUCCUGUCAGGCUGAAGAAGGAGAUUGAUGGCUUCGCCCUGAACCGUGUGCAGUACGCCAUCAUCGCUGAGUCCUGGAGGCUGGUCAAGGUGGGAGGCAGACUGAAUACUGUGCAACAUACCCUCCUCUCUUAUCACUGUAUUGGUCUGUUAAAUAGUUAGGAACCAAGGGAUUAUUUCUCAGGAGUGGAGGUGGAUUUUAGCUGUUGUUGACACUGGCAGUCCUUGUAGACAAGAGUCCCUCAGUCCUUGUAACUUUGGACUUUGGAUCCCUAAUAGUUAUUCUGAUGGUCAUGUCUAAAUGGGAGUGGAGGGGGAAGUCUCUGUCAGUUGCCUUCAGGUCUAAUCUCCAUGCUAUCUUUGCAAAAGUGUAACUGUGAUACAAUGGGGACAUUGGGGACUAAAUAAAUCUCUUACCUGAUGACAAUCUCUAUUACCACCACACGGAUGGAGGAGAUGAUUCGGCCCGAUGUGUCUUAGUUCCAACUCCUAGUGCUUGUUUAACCUCUUAAGGAUCGGACCCUUUUUUUCAAUUUUCGCCUAAAAUGACAUACCUAAAUCUAACUGCCUGUAGCUCAGGACCUGAAGCAAGGAUAUGCAUAUUUUUGAUACCAUUUGAAAGGAAACACUUUGAAGUUUGUGGAAAUGUGUAAUUAAUGUAGGAGAAUAUAACACAUAAGAUCUGGUAAAAGAUAAUACAAACAAAAAAACAUGCAGGUUUAUUUCUUUAUUUUUUAAUCAGCUUUGAAAUGCAAGAGAAAGGCCACAAUGUAGCUCAGCUGGUAGAGCACGGCGCUUGUAACGCCAAGGUAGUGGGUUCGAUCCCCGGGACCACCCAUACACAAAAAUGUAUGCACGCAUGACUGUAAGUCGCUUUGGAUAAAAGCGUCUGCUAAAUGGCAUAUUAUUAUAUUAUUAUAUUAUAAUAUUGCAGAUUAGGCGCAAUUUAGAUGUUGGCCACUAGAUGGCAGCAGGGUGCGCGCAAAGUUUCAGAUUGAUCCAGUGAAGCAUUGCAAUACUGGACUAUUUUGUAUCAAGUCUGCCCAAAUGUGCCGAAUUGGUCAAUUGAUAAAUUUUCAAGUACAGUCGUGGUCAAAAGUUUUGAGAAUGACACAAGUAUUGGUCUUCACAACGUUCGCUGCUUCAGUGUUAUGAGAUAUUUUUGUCAGAUGUUACUAUGGUAUACUGAAGUAUAAUUAAAAGCAUUCCAUAAGUGUCAAAGGCUUUUAUUGACAAUGACAUUAAGUUUACGCAAAGAGUCAAUAUUUGCAGUGUUGACCCUUCUUUUUCAAGACCUCUGCAAUCCGCCCUGGCAUGCUGUCAAUUAACUUCUGGGUCACAUCCUGACCACAUCCGAAUUUGUGGGUUUUUGUUUGUCCACCCGCCUCUUGAGGAUCGACCACAAGUUCUCAAUGGUAUUAAGGUCUGGGGAGUUUCCUGGCCAUGGACCCAACAUGUCGAUGUUUUGUUCCCUGAGCCACUUAGUUAUCACUUUUGCCUUAUGGCAAGGUGUUCCAUCAUGCUGGAAAAGGCAUUGGUCGUCACCAAACUGUUCUUGGGUGGUUGGGAGAAGUUGCUCUCGGAGGAUGUGUUGGUACCAUUCUUUAUUCAUGGCUGUGUUCUCAGGCAAAAAUGUGAGUGAGCCCACUCCCUUGGCUGAGAAGCAACCCCACACAUGAAUGGUCUCAGGAUGCUUUACUGUUGGCAUGACACAGGACUGAUGGUAGCGCUCACCUUGUCUUCUCCGGACAAGGUGUUUUCCGGAUGCCCCAAACAAUCGGAAAGGGGAUUCAUCAGAUAAAAUGACUUUACCCCAGUCCUCAGCAAUCCAAUCCCUGUACCUUUUGCAGAAUAUCAGUCUGUCCCUGAUGUUUUUCCUGGAGAGAAGUGGCUUCUUUGCUGCCCUUCUUGACACCAGGCCAUCCUCCAAAAGUCUUCGCCUCACUGUGCGUGCAGAUGCACUCACACCUGCCUGCUGCCAUCCCUGAGCAAGCUCUGCACUGGUGUUGCACCGAUCCCGCAGCUGAAUCAACUUUAUGAGACGGUCCUGGCGCUUGCUGGACUUUCUUGGGUACCCUGACACCUUCUUCACAACAAUUGAACCUCUCUCCUUGAAGUUCUUGAUGAUCCGAUAAAUGGUUGAUUUAGGUGCAAUCUUACUAGCAGCAAUAUCCUUGCCUGUGAAGCCCUUUUUGUGCAAAGCAAUGAUGACGGCACGUGUUUCCUUGCAGGUAACCAUGGUUAACAGAGGAAGAACAAUGAUUUCAAGCACCACCCUCCUUUUAAAGCUUCCCGUCUGUUAUUCUAACUCAAUCAGCAUGACAGAGUGAUCUUCAGCCUUGUCCUCGUCAACACUCUCACCUGUGUUAACGAGAGAAUCACUGACAUGAUGGCAGCUGGUCCUUUUGUGGCAGGGCUGAAAUGCAGUGGAAAUGUUUUUUUGGGAUUAAGUUCAUUUUCAUGGCAAAGAGGGACUUUGCAAUUAAUUGCAAUUCAUCUGAUCACUCUUCAUGACAUUCUGGAGUAUAUGCAAAUUGCCAUCAUCAAAACUGAGGCAGCAGACUUUGUGAAAAUUAGUAUGUGUGUCAUUCUCAAAACGUUUGACCACGACUGUACAUAACUAUAGAGAACAUACAAAAAUGAUAUGGUAAUACAAAAUGUAAGUUUACACACUCCCAGGAAUGUCAUACAUGAUGGAUCAUUAGCUUAUACACUAACUUUCACGCCGGGUGGGGUGGGUGUGGAGCUAGAGACAGCAGGGGUUCAAACUGUAGAAUCCAUUUCCUACAUUUGAAUAUAAAAAUUGAUUUUAUCAAACAAAACUAUGCUACAUUUUAUCUCUGGGACCCUUAGGAUGACAAAUCAGAGCAAGAUUACUGAAUGUAAGUACAGUGGGGAAAAAAAGUAUUUAGUCAGCCACCAAUUGUGCAAGUUCUCCCACUUAAAAAUAUGAGAGAUGCCUGUAAUUUUCAUCAUAGGUACACGUCAACUAUGACAGACAAAUUGAGAAAAAAAAAUCCAGAAAAUCACAUUGUAGGAUUUUUAAUGAAUUUAUUUGCAAAUUAUGGUGGAAAAUAAGUAUUUGGUCACCUACAAACAAGCAAGAUUUCUGGCUCUCACAGACCUGUAACUUCUUCUUUAAGAGGCUCCUCUGUCCUCCCCUCGUUACCUGUAUUAAUGGCACCUGUUUGAACUUGUUAUCAGUAUAAAAUACACCUGUCCACAACCUCAAACAGUCACACUCCAAACUCCACUAUGGCCAAGACCAAAGAGCUGUCAAAGGACACCAGAAACAAAAUUGUAGACCUGCACCAGGCUGGGAAGACUGAAUCUGCAAUAGGUAAGCAGCUUGGUUUGAAGAAAUCAACUGUGGGAGCAAUUAUUAGGAAAUGGAAGACAUACAACACCACUGAUAAUCUCCCUCGAUCUGGGGCUCCACGCAAGAUCUCACCCCGUGGGGUCAAAAUGAUCACAAGAACGGUGAGCAAAAAUCCCAGAACCACACGGGGGGACCUAGUGAAUGACCUGCAGAGAGCUGGGACCAAAGUAACAAAGCCUACCAUCAGUAACACACUACGCCGCCAGGGACUCAAAUCCUGCUGUGUCCCCCUGCUUAAGCCAGUACAUGUCCAGGCCCGUCUGAAGUUUGCUAGAGUGCAUUUGGAUGAUCCAGAAGAGGAUUGGGAGAAUGUCAUAUGGUCAGAUGAAACCAAAAUAGAACUUUUUGGUAAAAACUCAACUCAUCGUGUUUGGAGUACAAAGAAUGCUGAGUUGCAUCCAAAGAACACCAUACCUACUGUGAAGCAUGGGUGUGGAAACAUCAUGCUUUGGGGCUGUUUUUCUGCAAAGGGACCAGGACGACUGAUCCGUGUAAAGGAAAGAAUGAAUGGGGCCAUGUAUCGUAAGAUUUUGAGUGAAAACCUCCUUCCAUCAGCAAGGGCAUUGAAGAUGAAACGUGGCUGGGUCUUUCAGCAUGACAAUGAUCCCAAACACACCGCCUGGGCAACGAAGGAGUGGCUUCGUAAGAAGCAUUUCAAGGUCCUGGAGUGGCCUAGCCAGUCUCCAGAUCUCAACCCCAUAGAAAAUCUUUGGAGGGAGUUGAAAAUCCGUGUUGCCCAGCGACAGCCCCAAAACAUCACUGCUCUAGAGGAGAUCUGCAUGGAGGAAUGGGCCAAAAUACCAGCAACAGUGUGUGAAAACCUUGUGAAGACUUACAGAAAACGUUUGACCUGUGUCAUUGCCAACAAAGGGUAUAUAACAAAGUAUUGAGAAACUUUUGUUAUUGACCAAAUACUUAUUUUCCACCAUAAUUUGCAAAUAAAUUCAUAAAAAAUCCUACAAUGUGAUUUUCUGGAAUUUCUUUUCUCAUUUUGUCUGUCAUAGUUGACGUGUACCUAUGAUGAAAAUUACAGGCCUCUCUCAUCUUUUUAAGUGGGAGAACUUGCACAAUUGGUGGCUGACUAAAUACUUUUUUUCCCCACUGUACAUUAUUUACCUUCAGAGGUGAAUGUAUCAAACCAGUUGCCGUGAUACGUUUUUUGUUGUUGUGCACUCUCCUCAAACAAUAGCAUGGUAUGUUUUCACUGUAAUAGCUACUGUAAAUUGGACAGUGCAGUUAGAUUAACAAUAAUUUAAGCUUUCUGCCCAUAUAAGACAUGUCAAUGUCCUGGAAAGUUUGCUGUUACUUACAACAGUCAUGCUAAUCAUAUUAGCGCACAUUAGCUCAACCGUCCCGUAUACGGGACACCGAUCCCGUAGAGGUUAAAGAGCUGAACUCUCAGGGCUGGUUUCCAGGUCCGAAAUUAAGCCUAGUCCUGGACUAAAAACAAGCUUAAUGGAGAAUAUCCAUUAAAGGUGCUUUGUAGGCCAGGUCUAAGCUUAAUCACAAUCACUUAAUCACUCUGGGUAAACAGCCCCUUUUGAUAUUUUAUCUACAAUCCCACCCCAAUAGACUGUUGAACAGGACAUAUCUCUGUACCACCCUGAUACUGAGGCUGAUGCCUUGAAAGGUACACAACUGUAUUCAGCCCUGCUGCACUGUACACCCCUUCAGAAAUGAAUUGGCUCAGCCACAUGUCAGCAUGGAGGAAAAUGUGUAAGAAAUCCCAUCACUCAUCCCAGUACUGACAAAGAAAAGCGCUAAUGGCCGCAAUCUAGGGUUUACGUCAAUCAGUGAGCUUUAUUACACUAUAUAUACAAAAGUAUGUGGACACCUCUUAAAAUGUGUGGAUUCGGCUAUUUCAGCCACACCCGUUGCUGACAGGUGCAUAAAAUCGAGCACACCGCCAUGCAAUCUCCAUAGACAAACAUUGGCAGUAGAGUGGCAGUAGAGAGCUCAGUGACUUUCAACGUGGCACAGUCAUACAUUUACAUUUACGUCAUUUAGCAUAGGAUGCCACCUUUCCAACAAGUCAGUUUGUCAAAUUUCUGCCCUGCUAGAGCAGCCCCGGUCAACUGUAAGUGCUGUGAUUGUGAAGGGGAAACGUCUAGGAGCAACAAGCCGCGAAGUGGUAGGCCACACAAGCUCACAGAACGGGACCGCCGAGUGCUGAAUCGCGUAGUGCGUAAAAAUCGUCUGUCCUCGGUUGCAACACUCACUACCAAGUUCCAAACUGCCUCUGGAAGCAACGUCAGCACAAGAACUGUACGUCUGGAGCUUCAUGAAAUGGGUUUCCAUGGCCGAGCAGCCUCACACAAGCCUAAGAUCACCAUGCGCAAUGCCAAGCGUCGGCUGGAGUGGUGUAAAGCUCACCGCCAUUGGACUCUGGAGCAGUGGAAACACGUUCUCUGAGUGAUGAAUCACGCUUCACCAUCUGGCAGUCCGAAGCACGAAUCUGGGUUUGGCGGAGGAGGAAUAAUGGUCUGGGGCUGUUUUUCAUGGUUCGGGCUAGGCCCCUUAGUUCCAGUGAAGGGAAAUCUUAGCGCUACAGCAUACAAUGACAUUCUAGACGAUUCUGUGCUUCCAACUUUGUGGCAACAGUUUGGGGGAAGGCCCUUUCCUGUUUCAGCAUUACAAUGACCCCAUGCACAAAGGGAGGUCCAUACAGAAAUAAUUUGUUGAGAUUGGUGUGGAAGAACUUGACUGGCCUGCACAGAGCCCUGACCUCAACCCCAUCGAACACCUUUGGGAUGAAUUGAAACACCGACUGCGAGCCAGGCCUAAUCGCCCAACAUCAGUGCCCGACCUCACUAAUGCGUUUGUGGCUGAAUGGAAGCCGCAGCAAUGUUCCAACAUCUAGUGGAAAGCCUUCCCAGAAGAGUGGAGUCUGUUAAAGCAGCAAAGGGGGGACCAACUCCAUAUGAAUGCCCAUGAUUUUUGAAUGAGAUGUUCGACAAGCAGGUGUCCACAUACUUUUGGUCAUGUAGUGUAUCUCAGACAGGAAAUAGACCACAGUCCCUCUGUCUUUGUCAGCACACAACUAUAAUGGAGCAUUUAUAAUCCCCUAAUUACUAAAUGUAUUUUUAUGCUGUCUUUUUUGUUGGUGGGUGAGAUUUACAAAAGAUUCCCCACAUUCAGCUUCCUGACGCAGUACGUUUUGUCCCUGCGGUACUGUUACAGUUACAGUACACCUGAGUUACAGUGUAUCAGAUGCCCACGGACUGGUCUGAACUGGUCUCACAGACCCACCUAGCCCUCACAGCUAGGCUACCGCUAUCCUGUCCAAACACAGUAGCACCAAGGACAAGAGAAACACUGUUACAACAGGAGCUGUUUUGGCCACAACAGCAGGCUAGGAAUCCACUGAAAUAGAAACCACAGGUGUUUGUACAUAACCUUUACACCCCAAUACAGUUAAUUAGGGUGUCAUAAAUUAUGUUUAUGUCUUGGUAUGCAUAUAGCCUAGUAAGCCUACCACCCUCUCCUCUCAUUUUCACUCAAAUGUAUAAUGUGGGAGGAAUGAGCCAAGAGUGAAGGAAUCAAGAGCUGUGUAAACUGUGUCUGGGAGGUGGGUGUGGGGGGCAGUAAGGAAAAGAUGAUGAGGUGUUAUCACAGAAAGGUGUACUUGUGAAAAGCCUGGUCGUUAAAGGGAGAGAACUAGAGACCAUCUCAAGGUGACCAGGCAGUCACCCUGCUUUCUACUUCUACUAUAAAGAAAAGUGAAGUAUUUAUUGUUGUGAACCCUAGACUAUGAUGUGAACAGUGAAUUGGAUGAUUUUCCAUGAAGUGACACUGACACUUCCCUAUCAUGGUCAUCCAUAUCAGCAGAAAGAAAGCUAUUUUUGCAAGGAGUUUCCCAGUGAAAGGACAAAUUGUUGAUGUUCCCACUUCAUUAAAAUAAAAAAAAGCCAAGAUCAGAAUUACAUGGUAAGUAGGGCUGAAGUCUCAGAUAAUGUGCACAGUCACGACGGCUUUGCUUUUGUGGCUCUUUAUCUGGCCUAGUACUGGACAUGAAACCUCUCAAGCUUAAAGAAAGAACGCCUCAGUGGUGCUUUUGUCAUGUCACUGUCUGCCACUUAUUUGGCAAUGUCAAUUAGCAUUGAUUUCACCAAACAUUUAGAGUCAAUGAACCUCUACCCAAGAGGAUAAUUAUUCUACUUCCAUUGUCUUCAUACAAUAACAGCGUUGAAAGCCCAGUGGAAUGCACAGAGUCAAAACAUUCCGACCCACUCGAUUAGCUCUUCAGUCUGGAUGUGUAUUAGCGUGUAACACUGUAGUGUCUUUAAAGAGUUAUCCUCACCUCACAGACAGGUUAAGUGAGCCUUCAGAGUGAAGGUCACAGCUCUCGUGAGCGCAGUCAGUCCACUCAAUAAAGCGUUGUGGUCACGCUACUGAGAACGUCUGUGUUGUUUUUAGCUCAGAGAACGGAGCGUCUUCACUUUGUAUCCAUAGAGAGAAAUAGUUAUGGCGUCUUUUUGUAAGCACUAACUCUGCUAUUGGUUCGUUGGACAAAGCCUAUGGGGAAAAUUAAUGGCGUUUUUGUAGGGUUUUGGGAUAAACGCCGAAAAUAAGGUCUGUGUUAAACACAGGUUUAGGAGAUCAUAUACGUUUUGUUCUAUGAGAUCAUUUUCAUCAGCUAACGUCACUUUUUGUGAAUUUUGAAGAAUGUAUGUAAUAAAAAAAGCACAUAAAGGCUUCAAAGGUCAUGUUAACUGACUGCUGUUACAGUGGGGGAAAAAAGUAUUUAGUCAGCCACCAAUUGUGCAAGUUCUCCCACUUAAAAAGAUAAGAGAGGCCUGUAAUUUUCAUCAUAGGUACACGUCAACUAUGACAGACAAAAUGAGAAAAAAAAAUCCAGAAAAUCACAUUGUAGGAUUUUUUAUGAAUUAAUUUGCAAAUUAUGGUGGAAAAUAAGUAUUUGGUCAAUAACAAAAGUUUCUCAAUACUUUGUUAUAUACCCUUUGUUGGCAAUGACACAGGUCAAACGUUUUCUGUAAGUCUUCACAAGAUUUUCACACACUGUUGCUGGUAUUUUGGCCCAUUCCUCCAUGCAGAUCUCCUCUAGAGCAGUGAUGUUUUGGGGCUGUCACUGGGCAACACAGACUUUCAACUCCCUCCAAAGAUUUUCUAUGGGGUUGAGAUCUGGAGACUGGCUAGGCCACUCCAGGACCUUGAAAUGAUUCUUACGAAGCCACUCCUUUGCCCGGGCGGUGUGUUUGGGAUCAUUGUCAUGCUGAAAGACCCAGCCACGUUUCAUCUUCAAUGCCCUUGCUGAUGGAAGGAGGUUUUCACUCAAAAUCUCACGAUACAUGGCCCCAUUCAUUCUUUCCUUUACACGGAUCAGUCGUCCUGGUCCCUUUGCAGAAAAACAGCCCCAAAGCAUGAUGUUUCCACCCCCAUACUUCACAGUAGGUAUGGUGUUCUUUGGAUGCAACUCAGCAUUCUUUGUCCUCCAAACACGACGAGUUGAGUUUUUACCAAAAAGUUAUAUUUUGGUUUCAUCUGACCAUAUGACAUUCUCCCAAUCCUCUUCUGGAUCAUCCAAAUGCACUCUAGCAAACUUCAGACGGGCCUGGACAUGUACUGGCUUAAGCAGGGGGACACGUCUGGCACUGCAGGAUUUGAGUCCCUGGCGGCGUAGUGUGUUACUGAUGGUAGGCUUUGUUACUUUGGUCCCAGCUCUCUGCAGGUCAUUCACUAGGUCCCCCUGUGUGGUUCUGGGAUUUUUGCUCACCGUUCUUGUGAUAAUUUUGACCCCACGGGGUGAGAUCUUGCGUGGAGCCCCAGAUCGAGGGAGAUUAUCAGUGGUCUUGUAUGUCUUCCAUUUCCUAAUAAUUGCUCCCACAGUUGAUUUCUUCAAACCAAGCUGCUUACCUAUUGCAGAUUCAGUCUUCCCAGCCUGGUGCAGGUCUACAAUUUUGUUUCUGGUGUCCUUUGACAGCUCUUUGGUCUUGGCCAUAGUGGAGUUUGGAGUGUGACUGUUUGAGGUUGUGGACAGGUGUCUUUUAUACUGAUAACAAGUUCAAACAGGUGCCAUUAAUACAGGUAACGAGUGGAGGACAGAGGAGCCUCUUAAAGAAGAAGUUACAGGUCUGUGAGAGCCAGAAAUCUUGCUUGUUUGUAGGUGACCAAAUACUUAUUUUCCACCAUAAUUUGCAAAUAAAUUCAUAAAAAAUCCUACAAUAUGAUUUUCUGGAUUUUUUUCUCUCAAAUUGUCUGUCAUAGUUGGCGUGUACCUAUGAUGAAAAUUACAGGCCUCUCUCAUCUUUUUAAGUGGGAGAACUUGCACAAUUGGUGGCUGACUAAAUACUUUUCCCCCCCACUGUAUCUCAUAGAACAAAACGUAUAAGAUCUCUUAAGCCUGUGUUAACCUCAGACCUUAUUUUCGGCAUUUAUUCCAAAACCCUAUUCUUUUCCCAGUCAUUUUUCCCAUAGGGAUGGCUGAACGAACCAGAGGUCACUCAUUUCUGGGUUUUAGGACUACAAGCUGAGGAGAUUUAUUCCCCACCCCCUAUACAUCUCGUCUGUGCAGAUAAUUACGUCUUAACACGGCCCUGUAGAAACUCAGACGCAUGUCUUUGUGACAUUCCUUGGAGCCCUGGAGUGUUUGGAGUGUCCUGGCUGGCUGUGAGCUGUACCCUGAAGCCAAACUCUGAGGGCACCCUUGGUUCUUUACUGACAAAUGACACAUUGCUGUUACUAUUGAAAUGCUCUGACCUGGGUGGAGUUAAACUUAAGUGGAUGGUUCUCUACCUACACAGUAUGGAACUGAAGGAUGCGUUAGUCACGUGUAUCAUGCCAGCUGAUGCAAAUAACAGUGUGAUACAUGUCAUCUAUAGACACCAUAUGUCAUGAGAGGUUGAGAUCAGUUUUUCAGCUUUUUAAGAUCUUGUAAGGCUGUUGUGCAGGUAAAACCAGACAGAUCUGGGUCAAAAUAUUUGUUUAAAUGUCAAACGUCAAAUAUGUCACUGAGGAUUUUCCUCUUCUACCUCUUUUGGUUGGUUGCUCUCUACUCAUGUUGUCUCUGGGUAGUCAGUAGUCACUGAUCAGUACUGAAACAAAACCAGGCAGUGGUUUGUAAAUCCUUCUGGUUGAGGCUGGCUGCCUUCUGGAUGAACCAGCUGAACCGGCAGCCCUACUAUAACUAUGCAUUAGGUAACCAAAAUCAUGACAGCUGUGAUGGAAACAGGAAGUUUCGGAACAAUUCUAUGAAUGAUCAUUUGUUCAUUGGACAUGGUGGGAUCUUUUUGUGUCUGUAAAAUUAAUUAAUGCGCGAAAUGGCUCUGAAAAUACCUUUAUGUGCAAAUAUUGAUAUAAUAGCCAUUAUAUCGAAGUAAACUUCGAGUCACGUGAUGAUAUGUUGUGUGGUCCUCCCACUACAACUCGGGAAAGCAUGCCGUUUAUUAGGAUACAGAUGAAAUAAGUUAUGAUGAACUUAACAGAGUGAUGUGCACGAUGAUGAGCUUGAUGGUACUUUCCAAUAAAUAUCGAGGGUCUUAUUCUGAUGACAUGAUGAUCGAUGUUUGGCUGCCGUUUGACCAAUGUAAAUCUAUCUCUCUCUUUUGUCCAUAAUUAAAGAAAUCUCAUCAAGUAGGUAGCCUACCCACACUGUAUCUGUGAGCUGUUGGCUAGAGCACAUGUGCAAAGACCAGAAUUGGCACAUUCGCUAUAUAAUGCAAAUGUUUUGUGACAAACCCAUCAGUAGAGUUGAAAAUGCGAUGGAAACCCAUUUACUUGUAUUUUUUAUUCGGUACAUAAGAAUUUAACCGCAAAACUUAUUUUUAUGUGCACUACAACAUAUUUUUAUCCGCAAUAAGUCAAUUUGAUGGAAAAUCUCUGGUGGGAAAGUGCGCAGAUUUUAGAAUAUUCACAUGAAAAUCUGACGCCAAUUGGAUGGAAACCUAGCUAAUGGAAUCAACAUUUGAGAUGGUACUUUAUUAUUUACCAGUCUGGGUCAAUUUCAAUUUAAUUACUGCCAAUUCGCUAAUGCAGAUAUUUCAGUAUUUUCAUUUUCCGAACUGAAUCUACUCAAUUGACAUGUAAUGAUAUUGACACAAUUUGCUUAUUUUAAGCCAGCAUCAACUCAGCUGUUGACCUGUUAUCAUCCUUUAUUCACACCUUGCCUCGGUGCAUGACAAUGUAAACUCACUGUGAUGUCAGAAUCUGGUUUAUCCUGCAUGGUCUCUCCUUUGAUAUGUCUCAUUUCGUUGUUAGCACUCUGAAAGAGGAAGUUGGCAACAUUUUAUUUUACGGUGCUGUAUUGUUAAUUGGUAGGAAAUUAUAUGGCAUCAAUGGAAAUGUACUAGUCACUUAGGCUACAUAGAAUAAUUCAACUCUACAGUACCUGAUACCUAGUGGUGCUUCCCAGAGAAUCCCCCCAAAAUAAUAAAGUAAUUCAUGUUAUUACAAUGUUGCCUUGUAAGUACAUAGGUCUACCUGGUCAUUGCUGUACUCGUUGCAGAAAGCUGAGUGUUAUGGUCGUAUGUAGGGUUAAUGACGGAGAGUUCAAGUGAAGUGUCACUGAUAUUAAUGUUACAUAACAUACCCCCCAAUCACACACACACACACAGAACUUGGCCUUUGAGUCCAAGCCAGUGUCGGAAAGCAGAGUGGCUGAGAACGCAGCCGGUAGCUCCCAGUGAUUAGCAGAGGAAAGGCCCCUUUUCACGGCUGCCCCCCGCCUGGACGCCGCCUCGCGACACCAAGAUAAUGGGCCCAUUGUUGGCCUGCAGGAAGCGAACAAAGACGGCACUGUCCCCCUUUCCCUCUACUCUCCAUAUCUGUGUCUGAGCUUUGAUUUCCCCCUGGUCAGCCAACAAGUAUCUGUUGAGCAGUAAUCUGAGUGGGGAACAGCAGGCCCUGUCCCUGGCCUGGCACUGCCCUCACAGCCUUUCCUCUCCUCUGUACCCUGCCAUUAUCCUGGCACACAGAAUGAGAUGAUUAGGGAAACCCAAUCUGGUGGGAGUAGCCUUAAUGCUGCUGUGCUCUGGUGGGAUGAAAGGAGAAGGGUUGUCUAGUCUGCUGCUUCCUCAGCCCUCCUGACAGACUGAUGGUUGUUUGUUGGGCAGGUAGAAAGCUUAUUAGGAGUGUCGUUGAGGGUGAAUAACCCCUCGUCUGUGUCUUUGGUACCCAGAGUGAGAGGGGAGGGAGGUUGUGCAAAAAUAACACUUUUGCCCUUUUGAGUCUUUUGUUGAAUCUGAGUUAAUUGCUUCCUCCCGUUUCAGGAUGGUGUCAUCUCAGUCAAGGACAUUGACCUGGUAAUGUCAGAGGGGCUGGGAAUGCGCUACGCUUUUAUUGGUCCCAUGGAAACCAUGCACCUUAAUGCACCUGAAGGUAAGUUCCUCCUUUAA